GGGGGCAAAGGAAUCGGUGUCUUUUAAAAUAAAGACAACAAGACUUUUUAUAGCAAGUUGAAUAUUCUGCAUACAAAUUAUUUCUUCUAUUUUAAGAGCCAUAGAAUAAUAGAAACUAAUCAUAUCUCUACACAGCCGUUGAAAAUACUUCAUUUAUUUGCCGGCAAUAGAAAUUAAGCCCUUCUUGUUAGGCACUAAAAUGGCUACUUGGUGUUCAGGUAAGCACAAAUCACCGUUAUUGAUAUUCAUGUUGCUACUAAUUUUCACGGUUGGACGGAUGCAAGGGCGCGUUUGUAUUGAAGAUGAAAGAAAGGCACUCCUCGAAAUCAAAGCCUCCUUUCACGAAUUAGCAUACCGUUUUAACAUCGGCAAUCUUCUCGCCACUUGGGUUGAUCAUGGCGUCGCCAGUAGUGAAUGCUGUGACUGGGAGAGGAUCAAGUGUGACAAAACUACCGGGUACAUCACACACCUGUCUUUGGGCAACGUACUCUCUUUAGAAUUUGAAGUCGACGAAUACUUUGACAAAGAUCCUAUCCCCCUUUGGCCGUUAAAUUUUUCUCACUUCCUUCAUUUCAAGGAGUUAAAAAGUCUCGAUUUAUCGUGGAACUAUAUUGGCAAACCAAUCGCGAACAUAGGACUUGAAACGUUGUCGAGUUUGAAGAAACUAGAGCUAUUGAACCUGAGUACUAAUUAUAUUGAAACCAACAUCUUUCCUUCAUUGGGUGCACUCACUUCACUCAAAAUUUUGGAUCUCAGUUACAUUAACUCAUACCAAGGAUACACCAUGCCGCCUUUUUAUGACAUUUCUGAAUUUUCAAUUUUUGAAAACUUGGAGGUGCUGGAUCUUACUCAAUGUGGUUGUUAUGGUACCUUGCAAGGUUCGGAGGCGGUCUCUAUUUUGAAGAAAUUAAAAGUUCUAAAUCUUCGGGAGAAUCAAUUCAAUGAAAGCCUUAUAACAUCAUUAGGUGGUCUUUCAUCACUUAAAUCUCUAGACCUUUCUGGGAAUCUACUAUCCGGAUCAUUUCCAGCUCAAGAAUUAAGUAAUCUCGCCAAUCUUGAGAAGUUGGAUUUAAGUUGUAACAAGCUCAACAACACGCCAAGUAUUCAAGAUUGUAAGAGCUUAAUGAGAAUGGAAAGGCUUGAGAGUGUAUAUCUUGGGGCAUGCUACGAUUUCAACUUCAACAAGAGCAUCAUAUCAUGCAUAAGUUUCCUCCCAUCCCUCAAGAUUCUUGAUCUUAGUGGUUCUUUACAAUUUGGAAGUUCCUUUCCCACACAAGAAUUAUCUUUAUUGAGAAAGUUAAAGACACUUGACUUGAGCGUAUGUGAACUUCAGUCACACACAUUAAACGAACUCCCUAAUUUACCUGACUUGGAAGUCCUCAUCUUGAGUUUGAAUAAUUUCAAUGGAACACUACCAAUGGCAAUGGCAGCUUUGGCAUCUUUCCACCAUCUUGAGGUCUUAGAUCUGGAAGACAACCAUUUUGUUGGAAACAUCCCAUCAACAAUAAAGGCAUUAUCUUCUCUUAAAGUUAUCUCAUUGGCGUACAAUAAUCUGAACGGAUCAUUAGAUCAUGGCUUGUGUGAGUUAAAGAACCUUCAAGAAUUGAAUCUUAAAGACAACAUGUUCACUGGAAAGCUGCCCGAAUGUUUCAACAUGCUAUCGUCUCUUAAGUUCCUUGAUAUUUCUUCAAAUCAAUUCAUAGGAACACUUCCGCCAUCUCUGAUUGCUAAUCUUACAUCUCUCGAGUAUGUGGAUUUCAGUCAUAACAAAUUUGUAGGUUCCUUCUCAUUCAGCUCGUUCUCCAACCUCAAAAACCUUGAGGUUGUUGGAUUCAUAAGUGACAAUGACAAGUUCGAGGUGGAAACAGAAGAGCCUAGAGGUUGGAAUCCUAUGUUCCAGUUGAAAGGUCUUGCGUUAUCAAAUUGUAAUAUCAACAUGCAUAAAGGAAGUGUUGUUCCUAGCUUUCUACUUCAACAACACAGGUUAAAGAAACUAGACAUGUCGCAUAACUCAAUGGAGGGAGAUAUUCCAACUUGGUUGAUGAAAAAUAACACAAUGCUAGAAUUUCUUAGUCUAAUGAACAACUCAUUUGGUGGUGUAUUUUCUAAGCCAUUUUACAGGAAUCCUAAUACAAGAUGGUUGGAUAUGUCUGGAAAUCUCAUGAAAGGUGCCAUUCCUAAAGAGAUACAAAAGUCCCUUCCCUCUAUAACUCGUUUGAAUUUAUCUGGGAAUUAUUUGGAGGGCCCUAUCCCGUCUUUAAUAGGUGAUUUGAGCGAACUAGAGACAUUGGAUUUAUCUCAAAACAGGUUUUCUGGAGAAGUACCACUUGGAUUGUUCACAAACCUCACUCGAUUGGAGGUAUUAAAACUAUCAAAUAACAUAUUUCAUGGUGAGGUACUUUCUGGAAACCUAAGUUUCAAACUUAGGCUUAGUAUCCUUCACUUAGAUGGCAACUACUUCUCUGGGAAAAUUGGAGACCUUGAUGAUAAAAGGAGUAUAUUAUCUGGGCCUAGCCUUUUGGAUAUUAGCAACAACUUUUUCACUGGUUCGAUCCCUGGUUGGAUAAGCAACAUGAGUUAUGAGUCUGAACUUGUGGUGAGAAAUAAUAGGUUGGGAGGUCAGUUUCCUUGUGGAACAAAUUCAUUCACUUUUCUUGAUAUCUCACAAAAUCACUUUUCAGGAUCCAUCCCAUCCUGCUUAGUUUCGGAAAGUUUGAAGCAUCUUCAUUUGGGUUCCAACGCAUUCACUGGGUCUAUACCCAAUUCCUUCUGUAAUUUGACCAAUAUUUUGACUUUAGACAUUGGCAAUAACAGAUUGUUUGGCAGGAUUCCUAAAUUUCUUGGUGAAUUGUCAAAUAUUAGGAUUCUUCUUUUGGGAAAAAAUGAGUUCAGUGGUAAUAUUCCAAAGCAGUUGUGUCAGUUAACUAAUGUGAGUUUACUUGAUCUAUCUAGUAACUUCCUUUCUGGUUCAAUACCCGGUUGCCUACAAAAUAUUAAUCGUCCAAGUUAUCAAGCUUUCACAGCUGUUGAUCAAUUUCAUGGUACUGGUAGUGGAUAUAGCUAUCGGAAUCCUCGAAAUAGUUGGUUUAGCAUAAUAGAUCAUCCAUAUGAGGUAUCAGGAACACAAGAUGAAGUUUUGUUCACAACAAAAACUCUCUCUUACGCCUACAAAGGUAACGUUCUUGAUAUCAUGUCGGGACUAGAUCUAUCUUGUAAUAAACUAAUAGGUUAUAUCCCCGAAGAGCUAGGAUUGUUGACCGGAAUUCAUGUCCUCAACCUCUCUCAUAAUAAGCUAAUUGGACCCAUUCCAGUUAACUUCUCUAGCCUUGCCAACAUAGAGAGUUUGGACCUUUCUUUUAAUAGUCUGUCUGGAAACAUUCCACAGGAACUAAUUAAGCUAAACGCUUUAGCUAUUUUCAAUGUUUCUUACAACAAUCUAUCAGGCAGACUACCAGAAAUGAAAGCACAAUUUAGUACCUUUAACAAAGAGAGCUAUAAAGGGAAUCCUCUUCUUUGUGGACUGCCGUUGGAGAAUAAAUGCACAAUUCAAUCAUUGAUAAUCCAACCAACCAAUGAAGAAAGAAGUCAUGAGAAAUGGUACAAUAUGGACAUGGCGUCAUUCUAUGGAAGUUUUGGUUCCACAUGGUUUGUGUUCAUCUUGGGAUUUAUCGCACUUCUCUGCGUCAAUCCUUACUGGAAAAGAAGAUGGCUUGACUUCGUUGAAGAAUGUAUGUAUACAUGCUGUUACUUCCUUUGUGAUCUAGUAUGGAAGCCCUUGUAGGUAGGACAUGUUUAAUAUGUGUAUGACAGAAUAAACACAACUUGUUUUCAUAUACUUUUAUACUUGAUUCUAUGUUUCCUAUUA